AUGGGUGCCAGUCUGUACAAGAAAAUUUACGAAAAGUCGGACGAUAAGCUAAAGGAAUUCAUCAUCGAAUCAUCUAUCAAGACUUACCAGCAAGAGCCAAAGCGGUUGCAGGUCGAUGCUGUUUUCAAUCUUGCCCGAGGUCGCAACACUUUUCUCUUGGCAGGAACGGGGUUUGGCAAGUCUCGAAUCUCGGAAAUGUAUUUCAAUAUGAUCCCAAAGAUGAAGCGGGCGGUGGUGCUUGUCUUGAACCCCCUCGACUCUCUAGGGGAUAACCAAGUGCUUGAGAAGGAGAAGGCCGGAUUCACUGCGAUCAACUUAACGAAGAUGAAUUUCAAUAAGAAAACGGCCGAUGCGAUCUUGAACGGAGACUACAAUUUCAUCUACUUGAGCCCUGAAAUUUUCCUCAACAGCAAGUCUUUUGAUCAAGUUUACUUCAGUACAACUUUUCAGAACCGAUUGGCCUUAAUUGUAAUAGACGAGGCUCAUAUGGUGUACAUCUGGGGCCUGGUGGAGAGUUCGACGUCGAAAAUUGUCACUUCCGUGCACCUGAGGAUUGAGGACUAUGCCUUGUUCAGGCCGUGUUACGGAAAACUUGGACCGCACCUCCUCUUCCGAAACGACAAACCAAUCUUGCUGCUAUCAGCCACUUGCCGUCCGGUGGCUGUGGAGGGAAUCAUGAAGAGCCUCAAGCUGACCGAUGAUAAUCUUGAUAUUCUGCGUGGCGAGCUCACCCGACCUGAAAUCCGCAUCAUCCGAGUCGAGAUGGACUAUUCGCUUGCAUCAUCUCUCGACUUGGUCAAAGUCUUCCCCUCAGCCAACGACGUACCCGACGAAGAGAUGGUUCCAUCUCUGAUUUAUAGCAGCUCACGAAAUCGCACACUAAUUGCGAUGGAUGUAGUCGAUUUGGCUCGAGAGACUCCGGGGGCGGCCUUUCGUUCUCCGAGCAGCUGUAUCCGUCGAUUUCACUCAUGUACUGGCGAUCAGGAUAAGGUCGAUUGCAUCGACGACUUCGCUUCGGGCAAAUUUCCUUUAAUUUCGUGUACCAUGGCUCUCGGGCUGGGGCAAAACUGGAAGAGGGUACGAAUGGUAACUCACUUGGGAAGGGGGGAUCCGGCAUCAAUCUCUCAGAUGUUUGGCCGAUGCGGGAGGGAUGGACGGCAGGGGCUGGCAAUAAUGUUUGUUGAAAAGAUUCGUCGGAAUGGUAAAAAUUCGGUGGACCAGUUUGGCCAGGGUACCUAUCAAAGCGAUCUGGACCGUUUGGACGCCCUCGCGAUCACGCCUGUAUGUCUCCGUGUGGCUUUUGCGAUUGAUAACUUACUUGGAUACAUCCCUCUCUCAGUGGAUGACCCUGGAUACAUCCAAGAGAAAGCACGCGAGAUCAAAGAGGGUAUGACCGAAUCCAACUCAGACUCGCAAUAUCAGCCACAAAUAUCCUUGCAAGCCUGCGGUCAUGAGGAAGAGGAAGAUUCCCGAGGAUGA